GCGCGCCCUGACAGCCAAAGGAAGCUAGUGCAGCUGUGUGUAGCAAGCAGCCGGUUGUUUUACUUUUAUCUGGCACAUUUUAACAAGUCUGUGACCCGAGUUACUUAUCUACGGUUUUGUAUCCUCUCCGUCAUGGGUUUGCUGGAUCAAUGUGAGGAGCUUUUCAAGACCUCCAAUCUGUAUGAAGUCCUGGGCGUCUGUAAAGAAGCUCCAGACUCGGAGAUCCGACGUGGAUAUUAUAAAGUGUCUCUGCAGGUUCAUCCAGACAGAGCUCCUGGUGACCAAUCAGCCACCACAAAGUUCCAGGUUCUAGGUAAGGUAUAUGCUGUGUUAGCAGACAAGGAACAAAGAGCGGUCUAUGAUGAACAAGGAAUCGUGGAUGAAGAGUCUGUCUCUCUUGAUCAAGAUCGCAACUGGGAGGAGCACUGGAGAAGAUUGUUUCCCAAGAUCACAUUGCAAGACAUCUUGGACUUUGAGAAGCAGUAUAAAGGCUCCGACGAAGAAGUGGAAGACUUGAAAAGAGUGUACCUACAACACGAAGGUGACAUGGAUCUGAUCAUGGAGUCGGCCCUGUGCUGUUCUUAUGAAGAUGAGCCUCGCCUUAAAGACAUCCUGCAGAAAGCCAUUGAUGCUGAAGAGGUGCCGGCCUACAAAGCCUUCACUCAUGAGAGCGUCAAGAAAAAGAACAUCCGUAAAAGAAAGGCGGAAAAAGAGCGCAAGGAGGCAGAGGAAAUGCAGGAGGAGAUGGGAUUGAAUAGUGAAGACAGCCUCAUAGCUAUGAUAAAGCAAAGACAAAAGGCUAAAGAAAAUGGAUUCAACUCCCUCAUCUCAGAUCUGGAGGCAAAAUAUUGCAAGAAACCAGCAGCUGGAAAGAAGGGCAAGAAAAAGUGAAGGGGUUACGACGACCAAAUGCAGUCAAAUUCACCUUGUAAAUAAUAAGAGGAACCUUUAACAGAUACCAGCCCUUUGUUAGCAAUAGCAAACCUGUUCAAUGCUCUUAUGGAUGUCCUACAGUGGAUGUUCAGUGGAAAUAAAUAAUGUAACAUUUCAAGUGUUCCUGUAACUUUUUGUACGUGUAUAUAUUAUCCUGUUUCAGUGUUGAUCAUUUGAAUUGAAUAAAGUUUUGAUUAAUAUUAGCAUCUACA